CUUAUUGCCAACCUUGCCAUGUGCAGCACAUGGCUUCCAAUUCCAUUCCAAUCUGUACAAAUAAUUCACAAAUCAAUACAUAUCAAAACAGUCUUUCUUCAAAGUUCAAACAUUCUGUCAUUCAUAGAUGAACCCUGAGGGAUCCAAAACAACCAAGGCUACAACAAGCCUAUUGAUUUUCUCGAUUUCACUCUACAUCUUUGUGUCAUGGGUCGACACAACAAUCUAUUCUUCCGGGUAUUACAUGACGAUCUUACCACUUAUUGCUGUCUUCCUUCUUGCAGGAUUGAUCGUUUUCGCAGUCCGUACCACCAUUCUGACAUGGAUUACAGUGCUGGUGCUCCUAGCUUUUGCUGGGAAACGACGGCGAGUUCUUGUUAAGGAGGGAAGGAGGAUCACAUCAGAUGUUGCCAUGUACUUGGCCCAAGUAGUUCUUAAAGAGAGAAGCCUUGUUGCUGUUGCUUUUGCCACAGUUUUCAGCCUCAUGGCAAUGGCAAUUGGUUAAGAACAGAUAAUUUUGGAUGAAAUAUUCCUUCUUGUGAAUCUUGUCUGGUCUUUAAUCUUCUCGUAUCUCAAGUUUUUUUUUUUUUUUUUCCUUUGUUGUAUACUUUUGAAGUGUUUGGUAAAAUGCAAUGAUAACGUUGAACAGUGUUAAUGAAAAAAAUAAA